AUGCCUGGCUUACCUUAUUAUAAUGAUCAGAUGGUCACUCCACCUGACUACUUAGUCAACCACCCAGCUUAUGGUCAUAACAUGCCUGCUACCAGAUAUGCUUCCAAUCCUGCUCCUCCUCAGCCUUAUUCAUAUGGCAUGGUAGCUCCUGCUCAAGCUAUCUCGGCUCCUUACGACUAUCCUUAUAAACAGUCUAUCCGAUAUCAACAACUGCAACAGCAGGCUAGAGCCCAUGCUCAGGCUCAAGCUCAAGCUCAGGCUCAGGCUCAAGCCCAGCAGCAUAGUCAAGAUUAUCAGGACUAUCAACAACAACGACAAGCCCAGUCGUCAUCUGUUCAGGCCCAUCUUCCUCAUCAACUACAGUCUCAACCUCAGUUACAGCUGCAAAUGCCUCAGACUCAUGUUUAUGCCCAUCAGCCACAAUCCCAACCAGGACCCCAUCAAUCGCAUACCAGACACCAUCAUGCUACUUCAUUUUCGUCCAACGGAACAACGUUUUUUGUUCCUACUGUGCCUUUAGAUCAAAUGGCUCCACAUAUGGCACCCGCUGGUUCCUCUAAUGGUCUAAGACCUGCUUUGGGUCCGGCUAUUGCCCCCGUGGUUGGACAAACUGGUGUUUCUGCUCCAGGAACUGGUCACAGUGUUAAUGGAACAGCACCAGCAGGUGCUGCUGCAGCAGCCCAGGCCCAAGCCCAGCCUCCAACUGGUGGAGUUUCUGCUACUUUAGACUACGAAAUCGACCAAAUGUCAGAUUUCCUCUCAACAAUGGCUUUUGGCAUUAUGGUACCUAUGGCAUCUACUAACCAGUUUACAUGGGAUAAUCCCUCGUUUACUGCCUAUAAAAAGUUUGUUUGUCAGGUUCUCACUGCUACUAGAUUACCUAAAUCGACGAUUAUUCUAGCUUUGGUGUACCUGUCAAAGAAAUGGGCCAUUUCCAAACCUACAGUUGUCGAAUGCGACUCUUCAGUAGUCUAUACCGUGCUUGUAGUUGCUCUUUUAUUGGCAAAUAAGUUUCACGAUGACAAUACUUUUACAAACAAAUCGUGGAAUGAGGCCACUGGUAUUCCUGUCAAGGAGUUAACUACAGUCGAGGCACAAUGGCUCAGAGAAAUCCAAUGGAGUUUAUCCCUGAACCAAAAUGACCUUAAAGGCUGGCAAAAGUGGAAUCACUGCUGGAAAGUUUACAUGUCUUCAAAGGCAGCUGCUGUUGCUGCUGCUACUGUUAAACAGAUGUCUCCCUACCGAUCCGAGGCUAAGGAGAAGUACAGCGAUGGAUUACCUUCACCAACCUCUCCUGUGUACUAUUCACGGGAUUCAUCCCCUCGUAGUAACAGUCCUCGUAGAGCUACUUAUACUAUUCCUAAAUGGUACGAGACAGCAAACAACACUCCUGUCAAUGCCAUAUCGUCUGGUCGUCGUAGUGCCUCACAACAACAUUCGUCUGCUGCACUUGCCGCUGUAACCAGUAACACUAGUGAACCUUUUGUGUCCUAUUUCCAGCAGUCAUUUGCUAUCCCAGGAACAUCUGCCUAUGACGAAGAAAAGGCUGUUGACUCUGCCUCUUAUAACCGAAGGGCUAUACCUGGAGCUUACUAUAACUACCCAACUCAUCACCAUCAUGCUCAUCAUCAUCAAUACCCUCAAUCCCAUUACAUGGCUGCUUAUAACCACUUAGCUGGUUGUUCUUGCAGUUUAUGUGUUUUUGAACCUAUCAAACAACCUGCCAUUCACAAUGGCCAGUGGUUUGGAUCCUCAGUUGUAGCCUGUUGA